AUGGCAGUGGGGGAAGGAGGGAGCUUCGAGGAGGUGGCGCGGAAGGACGAGCAGUUCAAGCAGGAGGAGAAGAAUCGAGCCUGGAACUCAGAAGAAGAAGAGCAUGCUCUCCGCGAGAUGUUUGAGGGUGCCAGCAACAGCCUCGUUGCGAGUUCUUGUGCGGCAUCCAUCAAGACGCCAUGCUGGGAGCAGUGUAAAGAGAUCUGGAUGAAGAUAAAGAAUGACCAGGUAGGAGAGAGAGCGAAGCAUGUUGUGCAGGAGCUGGAAGCAGAGCACCUCAGGCCGACAGGGAUUCUUGAUCGACUGAGGAAGGGAGUCAACCCAGCAUGCUUCGGGCUUCACACGUUGAUGAAGCACCUUGAUAGAUGA